AUGCCACCUGGUCCGCCGACCGUGCCAUUCUUCGGAAACCAGAAGCAGGUAGCUGGUACCCUCCAUCCAGAGCACAUCUAUACCAAGUGGGCCAAGGAAUACGGGCCUGUCUACACCUUCAUGAAUGGCUCCCAGCCUUGGAUCAUCGUCACCGGUACUGCUGAAGCGAACGAGAUCUUUCACAAGCGUGGGGGUCAGACAGCAGGGAGGCCAGUCAACCGUAUGGAGUUGGCAAUGCGUUCUGGCUAUUUCCCUGGGUUCAUGAGCGGACCCAAGUGGCGCGUCACCCGCAAGCUCUGGCACUCUGUGCUAAACGUUGGUGCAUCGCGCCAGUAUCUCCCGUUGCAGGAACUCGAAGCGAAACACCUCCUCUCAGACCUCGCCCGUGAUCCUGAUGGAAGGUCAUGGCGUAAGCAUGUCGAGAGGUACGCCGGCUCGGUGGCUAUGACCAUGAUGAACGGGCAACGUAUCACCACGAGCAAUGACCGAGCGGCGCGAGAGAUUGUCGACGACUUGACCGAGUUUUCAAUACACUCGACCAAGGCCAAGUGGAUCGAGAGUUUCCCGCUGGCAUGGAGCUUGCCGGAAUGGGCCGUUCCCGCACGCAGGGAAGCUAGCAGAAUUGCAGAGAGGCACAUGCGGUUGAUCAUGGGGCACUGGAACGUUACCAAAAAACGUGUGGCCGAGGGCUUGGCCCUACCUUGCUUCAACAAGGUCAUCAUGGAUAGGCUGAGGGACGGUUACCUUGCGAAUCGCCUUACCGAGAACGAGGCUGCUGAAGCUGGAGAGGUGUUGGUCACCGCUGCGACUGACACAACCGCAAGUAGUCUGAUCAAUUGGGUCGGUGCAAUGGCCUUGUUUCCGGAGGUGCAAAGGAAGGCACAAGAAGAAAUUGACCGCGUCGUUGGGCCUGACCGCCUCCCCAAUGAGAAUGAUGCCCCCGAUCUCCCCUACGUUCGUCAAGUUGUUCAGGAGCUUCACCGCUGGGUCACAGCCGUGCCUUUGGGCGUUUGGCAUGCCAAUACCGAGCCUUUCCAAUGGCGCGGGUACCUGAUCCCUACGGGAACAACCAUGAUCAUCAACGCUUACGGUAUUCACGGCGACCCUGCUCAAUACCCAAACCCAAAGACCUUCAUGCCAGAGCGGUGGGAAGGCAAGCUCGAGUCCACGGCAAGUAUGACCGACGAGCGCAUUGGCGCUCGCUCCGAGCUCUUCGCGUUCGGUGCGGGUCGCCGCAUUUGCCCCGGUCAACAUGUGGCUGAGCGUGGUUUGUUCCUUGCUAUCGCGCGCGUGUUAUGGGGUUUCACUAUCGAGAAGGCAAAGGAUGACACAACCGGGGAAGAGCUCCCGAUCGACAUGGACAGCAUCCGUCCCGGGCUUGUGGUGGCGCUGAACGAGUUCCCGGCAGUUGUGAAGCCUCGGGGUGCCGAGAAAGCUAGGCUAGCCACGGAGCUGUGGGAAAGAGACAGGGACGAGUUCCUGGAUGAAAAUCUGCAAUGGAAGAAGAGCCCUGAAGGAGUAGAAGAUGUCAUGAACAAAGCUGUCGGCUUUUGA